AUGGGCCUCUUCGCAACUUUCCUCGCCACUUUCUGCGAGCACUGCUCGACCCAGUCAAUCUACACUUUGGCCAGCGUCGGGGCACUGUCAUUCGUUGCGCUAUCGAUUGUGAUCAAUGUGCUGUGCCAGCUCUUCUUCAAGAAAUCCCAUGAGCCCCCCGUGGUCUUCCACUGGGUCCCCUUUAUUGGAAGCACCAUCAGCUAUGGCAUGAACCCAUACAACUUCUUCGACCAAGCUCGCGCAAAGUAUGGCGACAUCUUCACCUUUGUCCUCCUGGGCAAGAAAACCACCGUCUACCUAGGCACCAAGGGAAAUGAGUUUAUUCUCAAUGGCAAGCUUCGUGAUGUGAACGCCGAAGAGGUUUACUCCCCCCUCACCACCCCCGUCUUCGGUCGUCACGUCGUCUACGAUUGCCCCAAUGCUAAGCUCAUGGAGCAGAAGAAGUUUGUCAAAUUCGGGCUUACCUCCGAGGCACUUCGGUCUUAUGUUCACUUGAUCACCAAUGAGGUCGAUGACUUUGUGAAGAAUUCCUCCGCGUUCAAGGACCCUAAGGGUACUUUCAAUGUUUCCAAGGUCAUUGCGGAAAUCACAAUUUACACAGCCUCCCGCUCGUUGCAAGGACAGGAAGUCCGCGAUCGAUUCGACUCGACCUUUGCUGAAAUGUACCACGACCUCGAUAAGGGUUUCGCUCCUAUCAACUUCAUGCUGCCAUGGGCCCCGCUCCCUCACAACCGCAAGCGCGAUGCUGCGCAGAAGAAGAUGACCGAGACGUACAUGGACAUCAUCAAGGCGCGCCGCGCAGCCGGUGAUAAGAAGGACUCCGAGGAUAUGGUCUGGAACUUGAUGUCGUGCACCUACAAGAAUGGAAAUCCGAUUCCUGAUGAGGAAAUUGCCCACAUGAUGAUUGCGCUGCUUAUGGCGGGCCAGCACUCUUCGUCCUCUACUGCUGCCUGGAUUGUUCUGCGCCUGGCCAGCUGCCCUGAGAUUGUUGAGGAGCUUUACCAAGAACAACUCCAGGUUCUGGGCUCUGACCUGCCUCCUCUUACCCACGAAGCACUCCAGAAGCUCGACUUGCACGCUAAGGUGAUCAAGGAAACCCUCCGUAUCCACGCUCCUAUCCACUCGAUCAUUCGCGCCGUCAAGAACCCCAUGCCCGUGGAGGGCACUUCUUAUGUCAUUCCCACCACUCACAAUGUCCUCUCUUCUCCCGGUGUUACUGCUCGCUCUCCAGAGUUCUUCCCCGAGCCUCUGAAGUGGAACCCUCACCGCUGGGAUGAGGCUUCAACUGAGAAUACCAAGGAUGAAGAUGAGGAGCAGAUCGACUAUGGUUAUGGAUUGGUAACCAAGGGCACCAACAGUCCUUAUCUGCCUUUCGGUGCUGGUCGCCAUCGCUGUAUUGGUGAACAGUUCGCCUAUGUGCAACUGGGCACAAUCCUGGCUGCGCUGGUGAGACACUUCAAGUUCUCCACGCCUAUCGCCGGUACACCCUUCCCCGAGACGGACUAUUCGUCCCUCUUCUCCAAGCCUCUGGGUACAUCAUUUGUUCAGUAUGAGAGACGUGGAGUCAAAGCAUGA